GCUUCAACCCGAAAUCCGCGUACUAAACCUAGUUCUGUCAAAGUUUGACAACCGUAAUAAUAAUAAUAAUAAUGUCGCUAGAGGCCAAUUUAGAUUUCGGAUUCUUGGAAAAAGGAGCGACCGGGCAGGAGGAAGUCCUUCAAAAAAUCACCGUAAAAUUCUACACCCCCGACUCCAAAGUGUUCACUCAAUCUUUCCCACAAUUUUACAAUAUCGGAGUGAUAAAGUUACAGCUGUCGGAUUUGUUUGGAUGCACCAAGGACGUAAUCAGUUUACUGUACAAGGAAGAAGUGAUUCCCGACGAGGCCAGACUGAAACAAUUCAAACCCGAUAAAUUCGGCAUUUUAGAAUUUAAAUUGCAAAGUGUCGACAGAAGGACCCGAAUUCCGAUAGAGAACGCUUAUAAGGAUCUCACCGUUCCAGAUAUUUUAACGGUCAAAGUAGAGAAUGGCAACGACAUUUCUCAAGUGGUGGUAGAGAUCGAGAAUAAAGCAAUUGAAAAGCCUUAUUUAGGUGGAUACAGAGAUGUUAACACUGGGGUCCAGUACCAUCAUGGAUAUACGCAAACCGGACCUCCAAAACCGCACGUUCCUCCAGAAAAGAAGAACCACAGGGAUACCCAAACAUAUUUUACGCGAAAUAGGAAAACUGAGAGGGAGUAUUCCAGAGCCACACAGGUGGCCACCAGAUCACACUACAUUCCCAAUAUUUGUGAUAAAAUUUUAACGGCGGGUCCAUACGAAACCGCCGAUGAAAGAGAGAAACGACUGGAUGUGGAGGGAAAAGUGAGAACUAUUCAGAGAUAUUUCAGAGCGUGGCAAAUAAAAACAAGACUGAAAGUGUUACACGAGGAAUUUCAGAAGAGGAUUCUAAUGGAGAAGUUACGGGACGAAAAGGAACGUAAAGAAAACGAGGAAAGAAGGAAAAAAGAUCUCGUGAGCAAAGUGUUCCCGUUAAAAUCUGAGGAUUUCGCUAUGCUUUAUAACAUGGUAGACCGUUGGAAACAGUCAGAAAUUCAACGCAUAACGUCAAUGUCCUGCGGAGCAGCCAAAAUAGCGGAAUUCUACUUGCUCCUGGAAAAAGAGAUCGAAAUCCUUCAAUCCAUAGAGCGACUAAGGGCCAAGGUCAAAAAGGACUAUGAAAUCAAAAAAGUGAUCGAUUUUUUCAAAAACAUCGGCAGCCCGAUCGAGUGGGACAGCGACUACAAGCACAUCCACAUCUCGAUGGACACCUUGGAGGCCCAAAAGGGUCGAGAAUAUUUCGAACUUUUCAAGCAGUUAUGCGAUAAAAAUCAAGUCUCAAAAGAAGGGAGGUUCGAAAUUUACGCAAACCUAAAAGAUUACUUGAAGACGCAUCAGUGUGCAGAGAGUCAGCAAAUUAUCUCGCUAGUUGAUCGGGCGUGUGAACUUAUGGCCCGGGGAAUGUCAACUACUUAUAUUAGCGGUUUACAUAAGAGAAUAGAACUUGAAGUUUUGCAUCAUUUUAAGCAACAAGAAUGCAACGAGGGGGUGACAGAUCACAUGAAGAAAACCGCCAAGAAGCACAUGACCAAGAAUCUCAUCUAUUGUCCGAGUUGUCAGAAACUGAAGCCUAUAGAAAGUUUUACCAUACAUGCCAGGGUAGAAAACAUGAAAACUUGUACCAGUUGCAAAUGGUUGGACAAAGCUGAUGAACCAUGGAUCGAUUUGGCACCGCAUAAGUUCAUCUUAAGGCAAAUCAGGAAUUACGAGAGGUUACACCAUGGAAAAUCUUCGAUUGCCUUUAUUUUGCAAGACAGAGAUAUCCACUUUAUUGUUACCUAUAUUUGGCACGGGCAUUCGGCUUUGUCGGAAUGUAAUGACGUUUAUCAGUUGCGAUUGGUCAGAUGGAAACAGGACCUGGAUUGGUCUCCCUGGAAUUGCAUCUUACUGACUCUGGAUGAAGCCAAGGCCCACCUCAGACUCAGUCUCUUGGAAGAUGCUUAUGAAAAAGAAUUCAUCAAUCAUAUAUUCAACAAACACGCCCUAGCCAGGAAGCAUUUUAAACAUCUUACUGAGUAUGACAUCCAUUUCACUGAGUUUGCAAAAGGGGAUCCCAAGUUAGAUGAAACAUCUGAUUUCUAUAAUAGACCCAAUAUGCAUGAAUGCGAUAUCGAUGUCAUUAGUGAACCAAACUCUGAAAAAUCUUUCUUUAUUUCUCCAACACCACAAAGCAAAUCUACUCAUCCCCAAGACUUACCUGAAGUAGAAUUCACAACUAGCACUGAAGAAGACAUUUAUAUGAUUAAACGGUUAACUUCUGAAACAGAUUUCCCAAGGGCAGAAGGUGCUAAAUCUGUUGACAAAACCAUAUUGACUAAUGAGAACCCUAAGGGUUUAACAAACGUCCAAGAUUUUCCUUCAGUACCUCUAUUGGCUGACAAAGAGUUUUAUGCAACUUUGGCACAAGAGUUUAAUGUCGCACAUAAGACCUCCUUAGAACAAAUGAAAAAAGAUGCAAAAUUCACUAAAUCAACAGAUUUUCCUGAACCCAAGAAGCUUGAUGAAGCACACUUAAAAGAGAACUUGACCAAAUUGAUUGGGACCUUUUUGGAAGAAAAGAAAAUUGAUCGGCAAGAAGAAGUUGAAUGAUCCUUUGGAGUUAUAGUGUAGUAAUAUUUUUUUUCUUUAAAUUUCUUGUAUAUCUUUUAAUAAUUAAAAAUGUGAAAGGAUGAAGUUUAAAUAUAUUUGCUAUAAAGAA